GAGAGAGAGAGAGAGAGAGAGAGAGAGAGAGAGAGAGAGAGAGAGAGCUGUAGCGCUGCGCGAGACAUCACAACAGAAGGCGCUCGCACAAGAAACAGCCCCUUUACGUUUAUACACCUGUAUUAAUAUCUCCAUUUAUAAUAACCCGCGCGAGGGAAUAUAUCUUAGGAUCUCUGUGUAUGCAGCUCAAACAGAGGCUUUACUGUUCAAUCGUGAAACCCUCUUCUUCCUCGGCAGGCAUAUGUAUUUGGCAUCGCCGUUUCUUCAGUAAGCACCAAUGCAUGCAUGCACCCGCCUCCCUGCGCUCUCAAAUAGAUGGUGCAAGUAAAGAUGUCCAAAUCUUCCGCAGACCAUCUGUCUGGUGUAGAAAGCACUUCUCAAUCGCACUAUUUUCAGCUCCCACGAAAGCUGCCGAAGCGCAAGGGUCGUUUUAAACGCUCAGAUGGCAGCACCUCGUCUGACACCACCUCCAGCUUCAUCAAACGACAGGGUUCAGCCGAUUCGUACACGAGCAGACCUUCGGAUUCCGACCUGUCAGCGGAGGAGGACCGCGAGGCGUAUCGGCGUGAAGCCGAACGCCAGGCCCAGCUGCAGCUCGAGAGAGCCAAGUCCAAACCUGUAGCGUUCGCAGUGAAGACCAAUGUGAAUUAUUGCGGGGCUCUAGAUGAGGACUGUCCUGUUCAGGGUGCUGCCAUAAACUUUGAAGCCAAAGACUUUCUGCACAUUAAAGAAAAGUACAAUAAUGACUGGUGGAUUGGAAGGCUGGUGAAGGAGGGGGCAGACAUCAGCUUCAUUCCCAGCCCCCUCCGACUGGAGGCCAUGAGACUGAAACAGGAGCAGAAACAACAGAGGAAAAGUGGUAACUCUUCCUCAAACCUCGGCGACAUGGUAUCAGGAGGUUGGAGAUCCACGCCGCCGUCUGCAGCCAAACAGAAGCUAAAGCAGACUGAACACAUUCCUCCAUAUGAUGUGGUGCCAUCCAUGAGGCCUGUGGUUCUGGUUGGGCCUUCACUGAAGGGCUACGAGGUGACAGAUAUGAUGCAGAAAGCCCUGUUUGACUUUCUCAAACAUCGCUUUGAUGGACGGAUUUCUAUAACCCGAGUGACCGCUGACCUUUCUUUGGCCAAGAGAUCGGUUCUCAAUAAGAGACCUAUCAUGGAGAGGUCUAACACUCGAACCAGUUUGGCGGAGGUACAGAGUGAGAUCGAGAGAAUAUUUGAGCUGGCCAAAACCCUUCAGCUGGUGAUUCUAGAUGCAGACACCAUUAACCAUCCAGCACAGCUAGCUAAAACCUCAUUAGCUCCUAUUAUAGUGUACGUCAAAGUCACCUCUCCAAAGGUCCUACAGAGAUUGAUAAAGUCGAGGGGUAAAUCACAGAGCAAACACCUCAAUGUUCAGAUGAUGGCAGCAGAUAAACUGGCUCAAUGUCCUCCUGAGAUGUUUGAUGUCAUUUUGGAUGAGAACCAGUUGGAGGACGCCUGUGAGCACCUCGCUGAAUAUAUGGAGGUCUACUGGCGUGCUACUCAUCUGCCCGGCACCACCCCUCUCAACCCUCUACUGGAGCAAAAUCUGAUGACCCCACCCUCAGCAAUCUCCAGUCUACAGAACCAGCAGCUGUCGCCUGCCGGGGGUGGAGGGGGAGUGGAGGAGGAGGAGCAGGGGGAGCAGGACAGCCUCAUGCCUUCUGACGAGGCUAGUGACUCUCGUUCCCUCCGCCGAGGCGGCUCUAGCUCCCUGCACCCCCCGGAGGAUGAAGAAGAAGAGGAGGAGGAAGAGGAGGAGGAGGAGGUAGAUGAUUAUGAACCCCACUGUCACUCUCACCCAUUCCAGGACGUGUACCCGCCCAACCGUAACCACCCUGGUGGCAUCCACAGCGCUAACGGACACGAUUCACAGGACCGACUCCUGCAGCAGCGAGACUCGCAGGACGGACACAACCAACGGAACAACCGCCAGCGCACGAGAGCCUGGCCAAGAGACAACUACUGAGCGCCUGUCUGCAGGAGUCUGGAGGAGAGGGUUGGGUCGUGAAUUGGGGAGAGGGGUGAGGGGUGAUGGGAAUUGGUGAGGAACUGUAAACGCACAGUGUGUGUGGUGUGUGUGUGGAUGAAGCUGCCCUUGAUUGACGUAAAGAUCCUGUUAUUUUCAAAGCUUAUGUGGUCGUUAUUGUUUUGCGGCAUUGUACUACAUUUGUUUUUAAAAGACCGGGCAGCUUUUCUCCGUUAAGAUCACAUGCAUGUUCAUAUUGACACAAUAUUUGAACUUCCUCUGGAAACCCUAACCCCACCCGAGUCAAAUAUUACUUUUAUUAUUUUGCGUAUCAUACGCUCUCCCUGAACCUAAUGAGCACAGAAGGAUUUAUGGGAAAUGGAAAAGCACUUUUAUAGCAUGGGCUGUGAGUCACAAUGAAAGAUAUUGUAGCAUUUUGUUGCAUCUUACUUUAAUGGCUUCUUUUUUUGCUAGAGCUCUUGUAAAUGUGAAUAUUACUCACUAUUUUUUGGUUCAAGCCCUCAGUCAUGGUGUUGUCUGAUUGGAACCCAUAUGCACUUGUCUUAUAAUGAGUUGUUUUUUGGUACUUCUCUGGACAUCAUUCAAGAAACAGGCAUUUUCACAGUCACGUUCACAAAUGUAGCACACAUUGCCAUUUACAAAGCACCAUGUAAAAGCUAUGUAGGAAAGGAAUUCAGGGUUACACUCUGCUGUCGUAGAGUUAAAUAUUAUUGGGACUAUAGUCUUGGUUUUCCCAUGAGGUGAAUUCCAACUCCAGAUUGAAGAGCAGCAGUCAAUCUUCCUGCAUUUGUGUACUGCCUCCUAAAGAAAGAACCUAAUUAGGUCAGUGUCAAUGGUUUCUUUUUCUGGGAAAUGAGAGGACGAUAACUGGAGUUAUGUUAUCAUAUAGUAGAUCUGCACCAAUAUAUUGGAUUUUUAUAGAAGUAAAUGAAGCUCACCAGUUUUGAUGUCUAUUUUGGGAUAGUAUUGUUUUUCCUCUGUGACUUUAACGAGUAGAAAGUUGGGCAAAAAUCAUAUAUUUUACACAUUUGCCACUAAUUUAUUGGUUGAUCUUAUCAGAAACAGCAUAAGGAGAAAGCCCACUAAUAGAAAAACUAAAAAUGAGAAAUCAUAACACUCAGAAUUGCAUUUUCAGGACACGGAGUCCCUCCUUAAAAGAACCAAUUGCCUUAAGGCAUCCUGGUCUCUUUUUGAUCUUGAAUGCUCAUUAGUUAGACUAAUCUAAUUUAUAAAUCUAAAGGAGCUAAAUUUAGAUUUUUGUAUCAUUGUGUCUGGCUGAUUUUAACCAUUUUUUAAGGUUGGCAAACUCCCUAUUUAAGUAGAGAGGAGUUGUACUUGCUUGACUGGAAACUAGCAUUACCAAAACGGCCACUAAAUAAACUGCCUCAGAAGGAAUUUAUCUUUACCAAGAAGAAAGUGGCUCUAACAAGUGAGUGAUCUUCCUCUGUCCUCUCACUCUUUCCUCUCCAAGGCUCUGGAUGUCUAAGGGUGUGGUUACUGUGGCCUACUUUAAAACAUAGUGUCACCUCUUGCUUUGGCGACACAUUGACUGCUAGCUAGUUUAAUAACCUUACUGGUAAUUACAUUAGCAUAUAUCAGCCAGGUUGUGUUACAACCAAAUCCAAGAAAGUUUGUCCCUUUUCUCAUAACCAUGACUCUAGACUCGGAUGUUACCUGUAGCAACUUAGGCUAAGGUUUAUCGAGUGUAGGACCAUUCAAAAUGGCCUUAAUACUUCCCUAUAUCUCUUUAUAACUGCAUGUCUCGAAAAACAAUUAUUUAGGACUAUUUGCACAUUAGGGGUUGGAACAGGAACUUUAGAAAACUUUAAGUAUAUUAGAGUAGAAAAAUCGACUCCUUUUUCCAUUUUUUAAAAUGUAAAAUCUGCAACGGAAUAUUAGUAACGCAUCUAAGAAUAGCUAGUGUGUGUGUAUAUAUAUCGAAUGAAAUUUAACCGGAUCCUAAAUAUAAUUCUUUAGAACGUUACUUUAUUUUGUAUUGAUGGAUCUGGAUGGUUUUUAAGAAAUGUUGCGAUGUUUACAAAGUCCGGAUUACUCUCACUCAGAGAUCGUUUACGUGAGACGCACUCAAAUAUAAGUAACGUCAGUUGUUGUACGGUUAUGUAAGGUCACAUAAAGUUGCAGUACACUCUAAUGUAGCACUGUAGUGAUUUGGUUCUUUUGUAAGAAAAUUAACAAUUAAAACAUCUUAAGUAUUAUUAAUUUUGAUUGCGUCUACAGUAGAUUUCAGUGCAUAUCCAAAAAUCGCCAUCCAGAAAGAGAAAUCCUUGUUUUCUUAAGAACUACUCUUUCCAAUUUAAUGCAAUGUUUAUACAUAGGAUAUGUUUUUAAUUAUGAUUUCACGUAGACUACACAGUUCCUUCAAAACAUGCACAGAGACUUGAGUGAAUGUAUAGUUGCAUGCCUUAACGACCUCUAGUCCUACGCACCAAUGUAUUGUCCUCCAGUGGGAUGGUGCUAAAUUGACUGUCCCUCAAUUGAUUGUGUUGCAUUGAUUGUAGUGGAUCUGUACACUCCCAGAAUGCACUUUCUGAAGCAUCCUCCCUCCUAUUAGAUUGUAAAGACUUAUCGACCAAAAUUGCUGCCUGAUAUGAAGAUUGAGCCAUCGAUGUGCCCAGCGUAGUUUUAGGACACCAUCACUAACAUAGUAUGUUAGCAUCUUAGCUUAAUGCUGGAGAGGUUUUAUGUAUAACUGAAAUACACUGAAAUUCAAACAGGGAAAACAACACUUUCUAGUGGCUAAAACAUUCCAUGUGACGUGGUUUAUGCUAAGCCUGAAACAUACUUUACACAAGUAUGUGAAUGCAAAGCUACAUAGUUUCAAAAUGUAUCAGACCACAACUAUCGUCAAACUCUCGCUCCACCGUGACGGUUGUUGAAGUGAAGAAGAUAACUUACCAUAGAAGAAUAUGCAGUUUAUGCUAACGCACACUUUAGUGCCCCUUGUGAGAAUGUAAUGCCAAUUACAUAGUUACAAGCAUUUGUGUUUGCAUACUAUGAGUAUGCAGACUAUGUUUCAGAACCAAAAGAGCCUUUACAUUUCAGAUUGAAGAUUCCCAGCUCUCGCCUUUCUAACAUAAGUUCACAUUGAUGUAGAUUGUGUCACGGCUCUGGACACGGCGUUUACAGCACCAAUCUUGAAGUACAAUUUGCAUUGGCCAUUUAGAGGGUCAUGGGAAAUAUAUAUGUUCUGGGGUGUGGAAGUCAGGGUAAAAGUCCACUAACAAAUGCCUUGACCAAUCCUUUAGUGUACUGCAUCGUUAUAUGCUAUCAACAUGUCACACUUUAAUCUGUUGUUCUAUAUUUUAAAAAAUGAAAAAAAAAAAAUGAAAAAUGAAAAUCAGAGCAUGACUGAAAAAAAAUUCUAUGCAAGUGUUGCAUGUGAUCUGAUAGUUUCUUUCGAUUGUUUCUGAUCUACUUUAGUACUGCAUUGAUUCUUGUUGUAUUAUUCUAUUUAGGAAGAAAAUUCACCCUAUUUUAUACUGAGCACAGACAAGGGGCUUCUGCCGCAAAGUCCUUUUUUUUCCCCUUUUUUCCUCAUUUUCAAUCUCAUGGGCUUCAAUGCCUCCAAUGUUAACGCUGAACCAUAGCACAUAUUUGGAUUGAUGUAACAAAGGAAUGUUCCGGGUUCAAGCUGUAAAGACUGAAUCUGAUCACAAAGCUUACAUUUUUUAUACAUAAUUAGAUGGAUUAGAUCUAACUGUUUAGUAACCCUGUCUAUAUUAAGUUAUAUCUAAUCUUUCGACUCCUCUCAUGAUACAUUAACCUUUUUGUAAGAACUGGUAUAAUCACAAACUGCACUUUUCUGCUUUUAAACCCUCCCGAAUGUUUUGUCCCAUAGACUUCCAUUUUAAGUCCAUUAAAGUACAUUUGAGAGAGAGUAGUCCAGAUUGUUAUAUUGUGUCAACAGAGCUCAACCUUUUAACUUGGAACAUUCCUUUAAAUAGCAUUGAUCAAAUGCUUUGUAUUUAUUUAUAUGAUCCACAAUGCACAAUGUAAAAGAGCAUGUGUAGUGUGUGAUGAACUGUAUUUUGACAAGAUUUGCAUGUCUUAAUACAUGUAAAUGUACAUGAUACAGUUUUUUUCCCUUCUGUUAUGGCAUCACAUCAUUUUCUAGCAGACCAAUACAGAAUCCAUAACAAACACGGAUUUAUUUUUAUUUUUCUUCUUUCUGGGGUAUUAAGAAGCACAAUCUAUACAAUUUGAGUACUUUGUCUUCAAUUCUGUGUGUAUGCAAUACAAACGUGGAAAGAAAAUGCCUUAGAACAUUAACACUUCCUCUUCAGUGCAAGUAGAGAAAAUAUAUUGCACUAUUUGUUUUCUUUUUUGAUGUCUGCUUUGUAAUGCAAUAAAUGCAUUAGGUAGAAUAAUAA